UAAUGCAUCUUUCUGCCAGCAAUUCAACCCAAGAUUGUCCUUUGAGAGAAACCCAUUGCUAAAAACCCAAUCCACAACCCAACCAUUCAAGAAAAUGGCGGAUACGAGAAGAAAUGAGUUCCAAGAUAUGCUGCCGGUGAUGGCUGAUAAACUGGGCGGCGAAGGGCUGAUCAGAGAGCUGUGUAAUGGGUUCCGGCUGCUGAUGGACAGGGAGAAAGAGGUGAUAACGUUUGAGAGCUUGAAGAAGAACUCUGCGCUUUUAGGGCUGCAAGAUUUGAGAGAUGAUGAGCUUCGGAGCAUGGUGAGAGAAGGGGACAUGGACGGCGAUGGAGCUCUGGAUCAGAUGGAGUUCUGUGUGCUCAUGUUCAGAUUGAGCCCUGAGUUGAUGCACGAGUCUGAAGCCUUGCUUGAAAGACUUCUGCAACAAGAUCUCAACACUGCUGAUUCUUGGUUUCGUAGCAAUUAAGGAACUUUAAUUUGCUUCUUUCUGUCAUCAAAACAUGUUUUUUCCUUCUUCUUCUUCUUUUAUCCAUUCAAUUCUCCACUGGGUUUUGCAAUUCCGAAGGAAUGAAUGAAUUACUGUACUAUAAGAAUUGGGUAUUUGAAUUUCUUGCCCGAAUACUGACAUCGUUAAUCAACCCAUCAUUUAUGUACAAUUUUUAAUUUCCAUUUUUUU